AUGCUCGCGCUCGGCGGCUGCGCCUUUGCCGACGAGGUCAUCUGGCCGACCGUCGCUGGCGAUGAAGCUAAAACGGGGGCAAAUGCUGCCCCAGCGCUAGGAACCAGCACCGCUGCUGGCUUGACUGUCACCCCCGGACAGGCGACCGGAACGCCCGUCGGCGCCCGCGUUGGGCAACUUCGCGGUGAUUUGGGACGGCUUCAGACAGCCAUGAACACCCGCUCUGCUGAGCUAGAGAGCAUCCGCUCCCAGACCAGCACCCAUGCCAGCGCCUAUCACGCAAGCAAGGCCGGGAUUGAAGCCAAACUGCAGGUUGGUACCACGCCAGGCAAUCCGAACCUUGUGUCCGCGUGGAACCAGACCCAGGCAGAGCUCGAUCAGAUGGCCCGCGACAUCAACAAUAUGACAGCGCUCUCGACAGCUAUCGCAGGUGACGCGUCAACGGCGACCUAUCUGCUGGAUACGAUCCAGGCAACCUUCGGGCUGUCUGGCGCGGUGGACGCUGACCAUGUUCAGCUCGAAACGCUUCAGGAUAACACCAAGCAGACGAUCGUUGUGAUCAACAGCCUGCUCACCGAAUUGCGGGAAGACACGGCACGGCAGACGACCUAUCUCGCCAAUGAGCGUGCAGCGCUGAAUACACUUUCCAAUGCGAUCAAACGCGGUCAGAUUUAUGGUGGUGGCCUUCCCGUGUCGCAGACACCAUCGGCAGCGCCAAGCCUUGCCGCUGCGCCGCGCGCCGCGGGCGAGGUUCCCGGCACACCACCGCUCGUGACCAUUCGUUUUGACCGCCCGGGCGUUGAAUAUGAGCGCUCGCUCUACACGGCCCUCUCCCCGGCACUUGAGCUUCGCCCAGGUGCUGAGUUCACAGUUCUUGCGGUUUCACCAGCGGGUGGGACAGCAGCAAAUGUUCAGCUGGCGCAAUCCCAGUCUCGCGAAAACGCAGAGCGGGUCUUUCGCUCUAUGAGCGACAUGGGCCUGCCCCCUGAUCGGGUUCAGCUGUCGGCAACAACCAGCGCUGGUGUGUCCUCCAACGAAGUGCGCAUCUACGUUCGCUAA